AUGGGGAGACCGCCAUGUUGCGACAAGUCAAAUGUGAAAAGGGGCCUUUGGACUGCAGAGGAGGAUGCAAAGAUACUUGCAUAUGUAUCAAUGUAUGGUACAGGUAACUGGACAUCAGUGCCAAAGAAAGCAGGACUAAAACGAUGCGGGAAGAGUUGUAGGCUUAGGUGGACUAAUUACCUAAGACCUGAUCUGAAGCAUGAUAGCUUCACACCCCAAGAAGAGAACUUGAUUGUCAAACUUCAUAAAGCCAUUGGAAGCAGGUGGUCUCUAAUAGCAGCCCAGUUGCCAGGAAGAACCGACAAUGAUGUUAAAAACUUCUGGAACACUAAGUUGAGGAAGAAGCUCUAUGACAUGGGAAUUGAUCCUGUGACCCACAAACCCUUCUCCGAAAUCCUGACUGACUAUGGGAACAUUGGUGGUCUCCCGAAAGCAGUUAGUUCCCUUAAUAGAGACUUGAGGAAUGCAUUCACAUCCAAACCAGAAGCAUCUUCAGCAAGUGGCAUCUCUGAUAUCACAAGCCAUUCAAUGGGAGUGAUAAGGACUCCAAUGAUGGAACCAAUUGAAGAUGGACAGUCAGACAGCAUUAGCAAUAACUACUACUCCUGGGACCUUCUGGGUCAGCUUCAGGCCAUAAAACUACUUAAAGAAGUGACGAACUGCAGCAAUCAAGAAGUCACCCAACCCACUUUCUUUAGUGAAGGAUCAUCUUCAUCAUCAUCAUCAUCAUCUUCUACUGCCAUACAAGUGAGUUCACCACCAUCCUUUCCUUGCCCACAGUCACCUCCACCUCAAACUACACCAUCCGCUCAAUUCAGUUGGAAUGAAUUCCUUCUAGAAGACGUGUCUCUUCCUCCCGGUCAACAACAACAGCAACAACAAUACGUUCAUGGGUUGUCAUCAGCUGGUUCUUCAAGCCUAACAGAGGUACAUGGUGGGAUGCAGCAAAGCCAAUUAACCGGUGGAGAAACUAUCAAUAAUUUCUGUGUUGUAGGAGACAUGGACUGGGGUGCAUCAAAUGACAUAGGGCAGAGUUAUCCAGGAGCAGUCGGAGGGGAAGCCAGCAAUGUCUUUGGCGAAUCUAUGUUGACUAAUAAUUCAUUCGUGAAGGCAAUAUUGGAUCAAGAUAGCCAGAUGUCGUGGGAGUUCCCUGAUAUUUUGGGGGAACCAUUUUACUAG